CACCCAAACUGCCAGAGCUGCUGUAGAAAAGCGAGUCCCGCGCGGGCACGUGCCCCUCAGCCAGCAUGACGAGUGAAGUGGUGGAGAACGAGUUUGAGUUCUACUCCAAGGCUGAGAAGUACUGGAAGGACGUGCCUGCCACGGUGGAUGGCAUGUUGGGGGGCUAUGGGCACAUCUCCAGCAUCGACAUCAACAGCUCCAGGAAGUUCCUGCAGAGGUUUCUGCGGGAGGGUCCCAACCGGACGGGGACAACCUGUGCUCUGGACUGUGGAGCAGGGAUCGGCCGGAUCACCAAGCGGCUGCUGCUGCCUCUCUUCAAGACUGUGGACAUGGUGGAUGUGACAGAGGACUUCCUCACCAAGGCCAGGAGCUACCUGGGAGAGGAGGGCAGGAGGGUGCGCAACUACUUCUGCUGUGGCCUCCAGGACUUCAGCCCCGAGCCCAACUCCUACGAUGUCAUCUGGAUCCAGUGGGUCAUUGGACAUCUCACUGACAACCACCUCUCCGACUUCCUGAAGCGGUGCCGCGCCGGCCUGCGGCCCAACGGCAUCGUGGUCAUCAAGGACAACAUGGCCCAGGAGGGGGUGAUCAUGGACGAUGUGGACAGCAGCGUCUGCCGGGACCUGGACGUGGUCCGUAAGAUCAUCCGCCGGGCGGGGCUGCACCUCCUGGCCGAGGAGCGCCAGGAGAACUUCCCUGACGAGAUCUACCACGUCUACACCUUCGCCAUGAGAUGAGGGUGGUGGGAGAAGGUCUCUGCGGAGCCAGCUCGGAGCAUGGGCCAGCAGGGUGGGUCCUGCUGGGGCCCUUCACCACGGGGUGGCAGGUGGCAGCCAGGGUGGUGAGACUCCCUCUCUCCAGGGCUGGUGGCAAGGAUGGGGCUUUGUCUUCCAAGUUGCUGCUGUUUGUGAAAAAGAGGUGUUUGCCAAAUACAUUUUCCUGCUGUUGCACUUC